UAGAAAAACGCUUUUACGAGGUAUCAGCACUUUUCUUUCAUUAGGGGGAAGGAGUGAGGAAAGUACCAAACAGCAGCAGACUUUUAAACUUUAAAUAGACAGGUCUGAGUGCCUGAACUUAAUUUUUCAUUUUACUUCAUCCUCCAAGGAAUUCAAUCACUUGGCGUGCCUACUUCACUUCUUUUAAGCAAAAGAACGGCACCCAGGCAACAUGGGUGACUGGAGUGCCUUAGGCAAACUCCUCGACAAGGUUCAAGCCUAUUCCACAGCUGGAGGGAAGGUUUGGCUCUCCGUCCUAUUCAUUUUCCGAAUCCUGCUACUGGGGACAGCAGUCGAGUCGGCUUGGGGUGAUGAGCAGUCUGCCUUUCGUUGUAACACUCAACAACCUGGUUGUGAAAACGUCUGCUAUGACAAGUCUUUCCCAAUCUCUCAUGUGCGCUUCUGGGUCCUGCAGAUCAUAUUUGUGUCUGUACCCACACUCUUGUACCUGGCCCAUGUGUUCUAUGUGAUGCGAAAAGAAGAGAAACUGAACAAGAAAGAAGAGGAACUCAAAGUUGCCCAAACUGACGGUGUGAAUGUGGAUAUGCACUUGAAGCAAAUUGAAAUAAAGAAAUUCAAGUAUGGGAUUGAAGAACACGGGAAGGUGAAAAUGCGAGGGGGCUUGCUGCGGACCUACAUCAUCAGCAUCCUUUUCAAGUCCAUCUUUGAGGUGGCCUUCUUGCUGAUCCAGUGGUACAUCUAUGGAUUCAGCCUGAGUGCAGUCUACACUUGCAAAAGAGCUCCCUGCCCACAUCAAGUAGAUUGUUUCCUCUCUCGCCCAACAGAGAAGACCAUCUUCAUCAUCUUCAUGCUGGUGGUGUCCUUGGUGUCUCUUGCACUGAAUAUCAUCGAACUUUUCUAUGUCUUCUUCAAGGGCGUUAAGGAUCGGGUGAAAGGAAAAAGUGAUCCUUACCACGCUACCACCGGUCCGCUGAGCCCCGCCAAGGACUGCGGCUCUCCCAAAUAUGCUUAUUUUAAUGGCUGCUCCUCCCCCACUGCUCCACUCUCGCCCAUGUCUCCUCCCGGGUACAAGCUGGUUACUGGAGACAGAAACAAUUCUUCCUGCCGCAAUUACAAUAAGCAAGCCAGUGAGCAAAACUGGGCCAAUUACAGUGCAGAGCAAAAUCGAAUGGGGCAGGCAGGAAGCACCAUCUCUAACUCCCACGCACAGCCUUUUGAUUUCCCUGAUGAUAACCAGAAUUCUAAAAAACUAGCUGCUGGACAUGAACUACAGCCUCUAGCCAUUGUGGACCAGCGGCCUUCCAGCAGAGCCAGCAGUCGGGCCAGUAGCAGGCCCCGACCUGAUGACCUGGAGAUCUAGAAUACCUGCCCCAGAGCAUCCAACUUCCGCUCCACAGUGGAAGGGGAGAAAAGGUGCCAUAGAAAGGGCACCUUAGGUGUGAAUUUUGUUCCAGUGGAGGUGGUACUCAAAAGGCCUCAGUAAGAGGCUUAGAAUACACACAUUAGAAUACAGGGGUUCAUUGGGGUUGUCUGGUAUAGGCGGUGGACAGGGAGGCAUUAAGGGAGGUACACGUUGCUAUUUAAUGUAGACGAUUCAAAGAACUUAAAUUCUAAAUAAAGUUGCAUUAGGUGAUAGAUGGGUAAGGGCUUCUUCUCCCCUGCACCCCUUCCCUUCCCCCCCCACCCCACUCCCACCCCCGCUAGAGUGGUUUAGGGUAUAUGAAAGAGUGGGUGGUAGUUGUUUUACCAUGAACUGAAAUAACUUGCCAGAAGAAAUACUUGCUGAACCGAUUUUAUUUCUUUUCAACAAGAAAAAGAUAAGAGGGUUGUCCUAGGUCCCUGCUAAAACAUUCCAUUGUUAAAGUUUGCACUUUGAAGGUAAGCUUUUCUAGGUCUGCCCCUCCAGGUGUCAGUGGACUCGUGCUACAAUUUUUUUCUUGGUGUCGGCUAAAUGUUCAGAGGAGGCCCACAGAAAGACUUUCCUUGCACUGGCAAAUCUCAGCCAGUCCUAUGUACAUUCUCUUUUACAUCCACUUGCAUUAUAGCAUUACCACCACGUCCUGUCAUCAUUCCUCAGCUAUUUACAUUCAUUUAAUGAUCUCUGUAAGCAUUUUAAAAACAGUUUGGAAGUCACUUAAUAUUUUUUUGAGUUAGUGUCAGGGAGGCAAGCCAUGCUUGGUAGUUAACAAUCACUUGUAGUAUAUGUGUGUUUGUGUGGAAGAAGUAUGUCUAAUUUGUUAUAUUGGUACAAGCAGAUGCAGUAUAAACUCACAAACACAGAUUAGAAAUUAAUGCACACACAGUGUUCAAAUUUGAACCAUUUUCAUAGAUUUUUUUGUGGUGUGGGCCAAUACGGUGUUUACAUUAAAUGAUUCCUGCUGUGCAAGUAAAGCACACUUCUUCCCCUCUUCCCCCCAAAAUGAGUUUUCCCCGCGUAUCCUAUUGUGGAUAUUGAUUUAGUUGAUUAUGGUUCUUUUUCCCUUUUUUUUUUUCUUCUUUUUUAGAAUAUAGCAGUGAUGCUAUGGCUGACGGAUGAUUUUUUUCUGAAAUGUAAUCAUUGAUGCUUGAAUGAUAGAAUUUUAGUACUGUAAACAGGCUUUAGUCAUUAAUGUGAGAGACUUAGAAGAAAUGCUUAGAGUGGACUCUUAUGUGUGCCUACAUGAAUUUUGCAGUAACUGGCAUUGGUUUUAUCCUUUUCACACCUUAAUCCAGAACUUGUACUCUGUUAUGAGUUUGGCAAUCCUUUGGAGUGGCCAGCAACUUUGAUGUUUGCACUACAGUUUUAUUUGGAAUGCAAGAGAGGUUGAAAGAGGUCUCAGUAGUACACAUGUAACUAAUUUAUUUGAAAUAUAUGCUAAAGAAAUUGACCAUUUCUUCAAAUACCAUUUUUAAACUCAUCACAGAUGAUUGGUGAAAUAGUGAAUAUCAUGCUUUUCUUCCUGAAGUCAGCAACAUAAACACUUUUGUACAAUGAGAAAGACUAAUUUGUUUGACAUUCCAUGUUAAACUACUGUCGUGUUCAGCUUCAUUGCAUGUAAUGUAGUCCAUCGGAUCAUGUGUUCUGGAGAGUAUUCUUUAUUCAAUAAAGUUUUAAUUUAGUAUAAAGAUA